AUGAAAUCUAACAUAGUGCUCAUUCUCAUAUUAGCCUUGCUAGUAACUUAUUCGAAGCAAGAUACUUACGAAUGCAAUGUAUGCACUAACAAAGAAAAUCAAUCUGACUGCGAUAGUGAUCCUACUAAAGGAUGUGUGGCUUGCUAUAAAUUCUUCGGCUCAGCAGGAAUUGACUAAGUAGAUGAAAAGCAAGCAGAUCCUAAAUUAUAAUAAUCUUUGAAUGAGACAGAAAUUAUUUAAGAAACUCCUUCUCAAUCAUAAUCUACUGAAGUAAGAUUCUUAGCUGAGGUCGGAGUCGAUAAGAGUUAGAAAAAACUGAAGGCCGUGAAAAAGACUCAGGUUUAUGUAUAAAAGACAUGCUUGUAUUCUGAGAGUAAUUUCAGAAGUGGUCUGCCAAAGUACGGAUGUUUCAAGGACAAUAAUAAUGGGAAUCUUGGUAUUAGUUGUGUCUGCACUGGAAACUUGUGCAAUCAAUCAAAACUAUAAAAUUCAUUCAGUUAUUCUAUCAUAUUUGCAACUGGAUUUAUAAUUUCAUUCCUUAGCUAUUGA